AUGAUGAUUACUGAAAUAUUAAAAAUCGUGUUUGUAGUGUUAAUAUUAUGGUUGGUAAUUAGGUUGUUCAUAAGACAAGAUGAUUCCGAAGGUGUGUCAGCAAAACAGCCCUCAGUGCCAGUAAAUUUUCAACGGUUGACAACUUUAGAUCAAUUAAAUCUGUUACUAUACAAGCUGGAAGAGCUUGAACAGCAAAACCUCAGUCCGUGUAAAACAAAACUGAUAUCAGUGGCUGACCGUCUAAAAAAAAUGAACAUAUUUCAAAUUAAAUCUGAACUCUUAUACAAAGACGAAUUGAUGCAAUACGAAAGAGCUAUCGAUUGGAUUAAGUCACCAGCUGAGUUCCGCAACAGGUGUGGACCACCAAACUUCUUCUCCGCAUACUCGCCUAUGACAGAUGGUGACAUACAACGAUUAGCAGAAUUGACUUUGCCACCAGUUGACAUUACUAGAACGCCAGUCGAACCAUCACGGUGGUCUGUUGCUAGCGGUGAAUCGUCACUUCCAGUUGUGGACCAAUGGCUGGCAAAUGCCGUUUGCUUAAUGAUGGAAUUCUUGGACACGGCAUUGAACUUCAAAGAUAUGGUGAGUUCUUGGACCUGCAAAGACCACUUUGCUGAACACGGUGGGUUAAUCGAAUUCUUGCGCCAUGCCAUCGUGGUCAGCGCUGAAGAGGAUACGGACGCGGAUAAAACGAUAUUCAUAUUAGACUUUAUGGUACCAUCUAGUGUGACCCUAGACCGUAUCCCCGAAGUUAAUGCCACCGGGCUUCCGAUAAAACCACGGAAGGGAUUCUGCUGCGUUCCAGUCAAGUACACGGAGUCGAAUGCAUAA